UUUUUCUUCCACUGCUUAUUAGCAGCAGCGAGUAACAUCGCUCGAAGCUCCGACAGAGAGAGAGAGAGAGAGAGAGAGAGACAUUCCGCCAUUUUUAACCAACUUCGAGCUCCGGGAACGCCAGAAAUGUCGUACCAAAUCCCGCUCGACACCAUACACCAGCUUCAGAUCUCGGUCCGCCAGGAGGCCAACAUCCCCUCCUACGAUUCGAGCGGGCCGCCGUUCCCCGAGCUGCCCCCGCUCGAGGACUCGAUCUCCCGGCUGGAUCCCUCUCCUCCGUACCUCCAGUGCAAGCACUGCAAGGGCCGCCUCCUCAGAGGGAUCAAAUCCCUCUUCUGCGUGUUCUGCGGCAAGGAGCAGUUCGGUGACAUCCCGCCCGAUCCCAUCAAUUUCAGGUCCACCACUGGGUACCGUUGGUUGCUCGAUUCCCUGCAAUUGGACGGAUCAGAGGUAGUUGAACUGAUUCCUGAAGCAACUGAUAGGAACAGAGGACAAAGCACACCGAAAGAUGAAAUGCCACUGUCUGAACUCCUGAACUUAGAAAUUUCAUGGCAUGCUGAGAUAGAAAAACCUGAAAAUACCACUAGUGAGGCACCUCCUCAGGCCAGAAGUUCUUUAAAUCUGGCUGGAGUCGACCUUGACAAUUUUUUCAGCGAAGGGAAGGGAGAAGUCACGCUUAAUCAAUCCGAAGAGCAAUUUUCGUCAAUAAAUACGAACCAUGCAAAUGAAAGCAUAGCUUUUCAAGGUCAAAAGGAUCUCAGUUUGUUCGAGAAUGCCCAGCCUUCAACAAAUCCUGUGGAGCCCAAGGAACAUGAGAGGGACAACAAUCAAUCUUCUUGGGUGACAGAGUUUCAGUCUGCCGGUUCAGCAGCUGAGAAUAAAGAUUCAAGAUCAUUUGACCCUUUUGCAGGCUCUCAAGCCGAUAUUUCCACGCACAUGGACAUGGUGUUUGGAUCAGCAAAUACUAAUUCGGGGGAUGCUAUACCUUCUUCUCACUCAAAUGCAGACGAUUGGUUUCAAGACAACCUAGGAAUUAAUUCCACUCUUGCUGGCGGCUUCAUGGAUCUGACUAACAGUUCCGUGGAUGCUCCUGAUUGGUUCCAAGACAAUCAGGGGCAAAGUGGCAGCACAAAUUUGAACCAGAGUAAGGUGGUUGAUGAAAAUGAUGAUUCUCUUGAGGCCUGGGACGAUUUCACGAGUUCAACAGGCCAGGGAGAUUGUCCUGAUAAUACUUCUCAUGAAGAGCCUAUUGGGAUGAAUUUAUUCAGUCCAGCAGACGAUGCAAGAGAGAUUGAUUUUGGUGCUUUUCAGCAACCCGAUCUCUUCUCAGGAGCAAUCAACAGUCGAACUGAUCCAGAGAAUGUAAAUAAAGUGCAGUCAGAAGCUUCCACAAUGGACAGGACCUUCAGCUUGGAUGAAAAAGACGGGAACAUAGCUGAAGCUGUCAAAGGUGAAGAUACAACCAACACAAGAAGUUCAAAGACUGAUGUGGAGAGGAUAAUGUCUCAGAUGCAUGACCUCUCAUUCAUGCUCGACAGUAAUCUCUCAAUCCCUCAACGAUCCAGUGUUUCUGAGGAUUGAGUGUGGUCGAACGUUUUGUCCUUCAAGGCGAAUCGAUCUUUCACUUUGGCUAUAUUUUAGUUUACUGUAUUAUAUUCUUUCUUUCUUUCUUUCAUUUUCCCUUCUGAUAUGGCCUUGUGGGCAUUGUUGUGAUUCUUUUGCAUCCGAUUCUUUCUUCUUUAGGGGACUUUUGUUAGAGAGUAUAUGAAGUCGAAAGUGAUUUAGGAUCUUGGAGAACAUAUCUCCUUCUUGAAGCAUUUUCCUGUAAUUCUCAACUUGCAUGAAAGUUUUUAUGGGCAUUCUAAUCAAGAGUUUCCAAAUA